AUGAUUUCACGAUCUACAAAAACACUUAAAAAUCCUAUCUUUUUUCGCUUAACUCAUUCCACCACCAUCAAAAACCCAUCUUUCUCCACACUCCCAUCAUCUUCCUCAUCUGAUAUCCCAAAAAGGCUGCACCACAAAGACUGGUUAGCCCCAAAUGAAGUCUUGGAAGUCUUCACAUCCCUCAGAGACCCCAACUCUGUCCGCACAGCCUUGGACCACUACUCCAAGCGCAAAGACUACAAACCCAAUGAAGCUCUUUACACUUUGGUCGUCAACAAGCUUGCCCAAGCCCGCCUCUUCGACACCAUUGACAAUGUCAUGGCCAGGAUCAAAUCCGAAAGCAAAUGCCGUUUGUCUGACAACUUCUUUCGCACUGUUAUUAAGGCUUAUGGCAAUGUGGGUGGUCUUAUAAACAAGGCCGUCGAGACCCUUUAUGAUAUGCCCAACUAUGGGUUUGCUGGCCUUCUGUGA